UUAUUUCUCAUAUCAUAUUAAAAGCAAGAAAUUUUACAAUACUUUGUAGUAUUCGUGAUUUGGUUUAAAAAAUUAUGAUACAAACAGAAUGGGUAAAUACCAAGUUUGGUCACCGUGUUUACUAAAACGUGUCAUGUUUAGUCAUUGAAAAAAGUUAAUAUCAAUUUUGGUCACUCAAAGUAGUAAAAUGGUUCACGUUAAGUCACUCUCCGUUAACUUUAUCUGAUGUGGCAGUCAACACUAACAGUUGACCGUUAAAUGUCUGACUUGGCAAUUAAAAAAUUAAUAAAAAAUUUAAUUUAAAUUCUUUUAAUAUUUUCCACAUCAUUAAAAUAAUUAAAUAAAACCAAAAAGAGCACGCCAACCGCCGAAAUUCUCCGGUGCUCUACCUCCUCAUCCUCCGGCAGUCGCCGUUUCGCCGACUAGCUCCACAUCAUUCGCACGCUAUUGGAGUACGGCAGUACGCAAACGUGAGGGGUCUUCGGUGGAGGCAGGGGUGGAGCUUAAUUGCCACGUCAGGGAACCGACAUGCUGUCUGCAGCGCGAUUAGUCUACAGGGCUACGGCCAUCGGGAAGGCUAAAACGUUGAGCCUUGCCCCGCAGUCGGCUUCGGCUGGCAAGAUAAGGUCGUCGUUGCCGCCGCCACCGAAUGACCCGACAAUUGUUCGGACAAGUACAGUACAGCUGGUGGGAGGGCAGCCAAGGACAGUAGCAAUACUAGCAGCAGGAGCUCUACAGAUUCGUUAUCAGAUUUUUCACAGCUUGCGGUACAUUUACUUCUCUUCUUCUUUAGUAGACUACUAUUAAAUAUUGCUUGAAUGAAUGCUCAAUAGUCAAUUCAAGUUUCUGCUAAUCGAAUUCGAAAUGCCACACACUCCGUUCUGGGUUCUUAUUAGCCUAAUUGUCGGCGGCCUUGAUAGGACCAUGGAAGUAAAGGGUUAGAAUCAUCCAGUCAAACAAAGCCACGAUUGGAAUGUUGUUGAAUCUGAUUUUGCUUUGUGGCAGAGGAAUCUCCCACCCGCGACGAAAGCUUCAACAGCAGGAGAAAGGGCAAAAACUGCAUCGGCAGAGCACUCGUUGUGCUCUUUUUGGUUUUAUUUAUAUAUUUUAUUUAAUUAUUUUAAUGAUGUGUAAAUAUUAAAAGAAUUAAAUUAAU